UUGCCCUCCAUCAUCCAAACUUCACACACCAAGAUCAGAAACAUCAAUUCCAAAAAAGCAAUAGUAACCACAAAUCCAACAUGAAGACCUUCCUCACCGUUGUCCUCCUUGCCAUGGUGAUGAGCAUCGUCACUACCGCUAGGCAACUAAACCCUAGCAGCCAAGAGUUGCAAUCACCACAACAACCAUUUCUGAAACAACAAUCAUAUCUGCAGCAGCCAUAUCCACAAAACCCAUAUCUACCGCAACAACCAUUUCCAGUGCAGCAACCAUUUCCCACACCCCAACAAUAUUUCCCCUAUCUACCAGAGGAAUUGUUUCCCCAAUAUCAAAUACCAACCCCCCUACAACCACAACAACCAUUCCCCCAACCACCCCAACAACCUCUUCCUCGGCCCCAACAACCAUCCCCCUGGCAACCACAACAACCAUUCCCCUCGCAACCACAACAACCAUUUCCCCAGCCUCAACAACCAUUUCCCCUGCAACCACAACAACCAUUCCCCUGGCAACCACAACAACCAUUUCUGCAGCCCCAACAACCAAUUGCGCAGCAACCACAACAAUCAUUCUCGCAGCAACCACAACAACCAUUCCCUCUUUUCUUGGCUAUCGAAGCAGAUUCUGAGAAGGGUAUGUGCAUUAUUGGGAAUAAGCUUGUAAGCCACAGCCAGGCAGCAAGGUACACGGGACUCGGGGCGACCCUCGUCGAUGCAGCCAUGGUGAAGAAAAUGCUCGACACCGUGCCGGACCGGCUAUACACCGUGGUGGCCGCCAUCGAGAAGUUCUGUGACACUCAUGCGUCCGUUUAG